UCAUCUCAGGCUCAAAGUGCCUCAAGUUUCAUAUAAAAUGUACUGAAAUUGAUACGAAGUCACAAUCUCAAAUGCAUCUUCCCUGAAUAACCGCACUCAGGUGACAGCAGGUAUGAAACGAGUCCUCUAGAGAGAGUCGGAGUGAUUUGGGAUCGAGCCAAAGUUAUCUGAAGCUCAGUCGGGUCCAUUGCACACAAACAAUUCUCACCAUUGUCUCAAUUUAAAGCCAGUCACUUUCAGACGUGCAGCCAGAAGAUGUUGGGACGAGGAGCAGCGUAUCGUGUAUCCAGAGGGGCCACUUUUGCACACAUCUUGAAUAGCAACAUGGCAGCACCAGCAGGCUUCUCUUCUUUAGUCCAGCAACCUGCUUUUGAAUUCACCAACACCAACAGCAGCUCACUGGAUCAAGCCUGCAAUUCCUCGUCUAAAAACAGCCCCAAACCAAAAAAAAUCCCCAAAGAGCUGAUUGACAAGUACAGGAGAGGAAAGGUUCAUGCUGUGUCUUUCCUCUACCAGCUCUCCCAGGUUCUACAGUUCCAGGUGGAGAUGAAGGAGACAGUAACUACAGGAGGAGUAAUUGGUUUCUAUUUUGCAUUCUGUGCUGUGAUUGAUGGAGUGGAGUAUAAAACCGGGAUGGGCAUCAAUAAGAAAGAGGCCAGGCUCAAAGCAGCUCAGUUGGCCGUGGAGGAGCUACUGUCUAAUCUGGAGAAUGACACUGUACUUCCUGAUGCUUCUGUGAGUCCUCCUCCUCUACCGGUGAAGGAGCAAAACUCCACGGCCUCAGCCAUCCGUCCUAGAAGGGUCAUGUUUGAAGGGAAAAAUCCUGUUAAAGACCAAGUUCCCAGUGCUGUUAAGGAGCUGCUCUCCAAGCUGAUGGACAAUUAUCCAGAGUUCUCUGACUGUGGUGGAACAGUGGCUGCAUUUGUUAUACAGUCUCCAACUGGGUGUGAAGUGGUGGCUCUUGGUACAGGCAACUAUAAUGCACAAGAGUGUCUGGCACCUAAUGGACGCAUCCUUCAUGAUUCUCAUGCUGUUGUGACUGCACGGAGAUCACUCAUGAGGUAUCUGUACAGGCACCUGUUACUGUUCUACAGUAGGAAUCACUGCCUGGAGGGGAAGUCAGUUUUUCAGUUGGAUGAGAACACCAAACUCUUAAGUCUGAAGAGCCACACCACCCUGCACUUGUACCUCAAUCAGUUGUGCAAAGGAGCUGCCCAGAUACCCUCUCACCUUCGUCUGAACCCUCUGUCCGUCUCAGCGUGGGAAGUAAAUAAUCAGAUUGGUCUACAUGUGACUGUGGAUGGAAAGGUCUUUUCCGUGUUUUCUUCUACAGUUGACCAAAGUGGUUCUCGUAUCAUCAGUAUGUCGGCUACUGACAAAAUCACACAAUGGCAGGUUUUGGGUUUCCAGGGUGCUCUACUGAGCCACUUCAUUGAGCCCAUCUAUGUCAGUAGCAUACUCAUAGGUGAUGAAAGCUGCAGUGAUACACGUGGUAUGGAGAUUGCAGUAAAUCAAAGAGUGGAUGGCAUCACCUCCAAGUUGCCCAUGUAUUACUGUGUUUAUCGGCCACAUAUUAGCCUGGUGCCCUCUGUGAUUCCCACAGACGCCCACAACGCCCAAAGAACACUUAGCCUCAACUGGAGCCAAGGAGACGUUUCCCUCGAGGUUGUAGAUGGUGUGAAGGGCAAAGCUGUGGAGGAGUCUCCCUUUAAAAGUGGCCCUGCUCUUGCUAGUCGACUGUGUAAAGCUGCCAUGUUGAGUCGUUUCAAUUUGGUGGCAAAAGAGACACACAGAGAGGAGUUGUUAGCUGCCAUUUCCUACAGGGAGGCCAAGAUGAUGGCGAAACCGUACCAGGAGGCAAAGAGUGUUCUGAAGUCGUACUUGGCCACGAGGGGCUAUGGACAGUGGGUUGAAAAACCACCUAUCAGUGAUCACUUGACAAUGUGAGAGCCGGUCCACAGAUUACAGUCCUAGCUCUGAAGCACCUUUGGAAGAAAGGUUUGAAAAUUCAGUGAUGGUUUGCAUUGAACAUCAAAAAGGAAGUGCUUUAUCUUUAUACUCCCCACAUUUUCAGUAAAAAAGAAACAACCUGAAUUAAAACAGUUGC